UCAGCUGGGGGAAAAAGAUCCUGGUUGGUGACACUGACACAUGGCACAAAGCACGGGUGUGGUCUCUUUGAUGAACACAGCCAUGGGUUUCUCAAAGAUGGGUGGGACUGAGGCUAGCUGGGGCAUCCAGAGGGCACUGAACCAUUUUCUUUCUCUAGGAGGGGUCCCUCCCACUGCCCAUCAUAACCUUUCCUGGUAUUCAUUACCUGCGUAUGUCUUCAAAAUCUCUCUUAGCCCCGGCACACGGCAAUCUGUCUUUAGCUCGAGGGAGACUGGUUCUGGUCGCUGUAGGCUCCAAGACUUGCUCCUGGCAGAGAAGUGGUGAGCCUUGAGGCCAGAAGACCGUUGGGACCAUCUGGGCCUUCCCUUACUACAGGAAAGAUGGGCUUGGCCAGGGACAGUCAGUGAGGUGCCCCUCCACAGCAACAACAGGCAAAGCAGAGAUGUGAUGAUUAUUUGCCUGAGCCUGAAUGGAUUGUGGUACAGAGGGAACAAACACAUUUUGUGCUGGGGGAGGGUCAGAUGUGUAAUCGGGGCUGGGAGAGGCAGCAGCGUGCCACAAAGGAGGAAGGCCAAUACCCAGGCUGGAGCACCAAUGGAGACAUCUUUUUUCCCUUCUUGGGCAACCUACUUAAGACUACAUAUUUUAUAACUUUACCUGAAAUUCUUAUUGGAACUACUGGAAAUGAAUUUGACUGACUACAAAGAAGGAAGAAGGCUGAUGAACAAAGCUUCUUUAGCAAAUGUAAGGAAAGAUGAUUAUGGACCAGCAGCCACUCUUCUGUAGGUGUUUACUGGAUAAGCAAGGCAUAGCCUGUCCACGUGGAGAGUAACCAGGAAAUGCUCCAAUUGAAACCCAGUUCCAAAUGAUUUCAUUGCUGGGUCUGUACGCUUUGGAUCCUCAUGCCAAUGUCAGGGUCCGGACCAUGGUUGGAACAAUGAAGAACGAGGACCAGAAAAUUCCUGAAAAAAUGAGCAAAUAAAAGAAAAAAAGAUGUCACUGAUGUCUGAGCUACACCCUCUUCCUCACCUGGAUCUAGAGAAAUGACUGCCCUAACAGAAGAGUGAAUGGGCUAGUGAAACAAGUCACUUUAAACUUUUAUUGAGCAUCAACUUUUUGCAGCUGUUGUACUGGACGCUGGGAUUACAGCUAUUGGCCAUAUAGUGUCUGCUCUUCAGGAGCUCAAGAUCAAGUCAGUUGUGCUCUGGAGCUUUGGUGAAAUUGAACUAGUUAAUGGGGGAGAUCCUUUUCAUUUGUAACUUGCAACUGUCCAUGACCAUGACUGACUCUCAAAGGCCCAGACAAAAGGGCACCUUAGGGUUGCUGGGGGAGACGGCUUGUGUUCACCAAGGGAAGGCUGGAUGGAGAGCAUUUGAAGACCUAUCAGCCUGUCACCUGUGCAGAGAAGGUGUCCUUUCCAGCCUCACUAAGGGUGCCUUGUUUGCUGUGAAAAGCAGACAUGUGUAUGCAGGCGAGGCUCUAUUUUGGAGACACUGCAAGGCUAUAACUGCAGACUGCAGUCCUCUGCCUGAAUCCAAGACAGACCAGGACAAGCUCAACGUGGAAAGAGGAGCCUUCUUUGUCUUCACUCUCAGAGAGAGAACGAGAUACAGUUCUGGAGCCAUGGACUUUAUACCAAAGUGCCUGAUAUGGGAAAGGAGAAAGAAAAAUCUCAAGAGCCAACAAGGUGACCAGUCAGACCUUCGUUCCACUAUGUCACUGUUCAACCAAACUAUUCAUAACCAUCAGACCUUUACCCUGAUUGGGAUUCCAGGAAUGCCAGAGAAAGACUUCUGGAUGGCCUUGCCCCUCUGCCUUCUUUACAGUAACACAUUCCUAGGUAAUUUCAUUAUCCUUGUUGUCAUAAAGGUUGAGCGAAGUCUCCAUGAACCCAUGUAUUAUUUUCUGGCUAUGCUAGCUGCCACUGACCUUAGCCUUUCAUUAUCUUCCAUGCCCACCAUGAUAAGUGUUCACUUGUUUGACUGGCGCUCAGUAACCCUUGAUGUCUGCAUCACUCAGAUGUUCUUUAUCCACAACUUUGGAGGAGUGGAAUCAGGUGUUCUGGUCGCCAUGGCCUUUGAUCGCUUUGUGGCUAUUCGCUUCCCUUUGCGCUAUGCCGCCAUUCUCACUCAUGGAGUCAUCAUCAAAAUUGGAGCAGCAGUCCUGCUACGGAGUGUGAGUGUAGUGCUCCCUGUGCCUUUCCUCAUCAAAAGGCUACCUUUCUGCCACUCCAAUGUCCUUUCCCACGCAUACUGCCUCCAUCAGGAUGCCAUGAGGCUUGCCUGUGCUGACACCCGUGUCAAUAGCAUCUAUGGUCUGCUGGCUGUGAUCUUCAUCAUUGUACUAGAUGCCUUGAUCCUUUUGAUUUCUUACUUUCUAAUCCUCCAUGCAGUACUGGGCAUUGCUUCCAGAGAAGAGAGACUUAAGGCUCUUAAUACCUGCUUCUCUCAUAUCUGUGCAGUACUGCUCUUCUAUGUGCCUCUCAUUGGCAUGACUCUGAUUCACCGCUUUGGGAAGCAUUUGUCACCAGUAAUACCCACACUUAUGGCCAAUAUCUACCUGCUGCUCCCUCCUCUGCUCAAUCCUGUUGUGUACAGUGUUAGGACCAAGCAGAUCCGGCAGCGGAUUGUCCGAGCAUUCUGUGGGAACAGGAUUGGCCAUUAAUGGCAUCUAUGAGUUCUGUGCGAAUGCAGUCAAGUCAGGGAAGGGUAUCCAAUGCGGUACUGUCCAAUAGAAUUUCCUGCAGUGAUGGAAAUCUCUGUUAUUUAGUGCAUAACCACUAGCCACACAUAGCUAUUGAGCAUUUGAAACUUUGAUAGUACAACCAAGGAACUGAAUUUGUUACUUUUAUUUGAUUUUAAUUAAUUGAAAUAUAAAUGCAAAUGGUCAAAUGUAGCUAGUAGCUACUGUAUUGAACAGGACAAAUAUGAGUUAUCAUAUGCCCUUGCAUAAUGGUUUGGAUGAAAGCAAUAAUUUAUCUUAAGUAAACUGAUAAAAAUAUGCAUUUUCCCUUCUUAAAAUGGUAUAUAACAGCUUACCAACAUUCUGAAAAGUUUUAUUUCUUUAAGUAAUCUCUAUACCCCAUGUGGGGCUUGAACUCACAACCCUGAGAUCAAGAGUCACAUGCUCUUCUGACUGAGCCAGCCAAUCACUCCACAGCUUAUGAACACUUAUAUAAAAUAAAUGUAUAAAUAAAUAAUAUUAAAUAAAUUUAGUAUCAGUUUUAAUAAACUUUUGACAAAUGGAUAGAAUCACGUAACUACCACUGACACCAAAAUACAGAAAAUUCACAUCACUCUCCAGAAUUCCCUCAUGCCACCUCUUUGUCAUCAACCCCUCUAUCCAUACCCACUCACUCCUGGAAAGAACUGAUUUAUUCUCCAUGCUUGUAAUUCUCCUUUUUCCAGGGUAUCUUGGACCCUGCAGUGUGUAGUCUCCCAUGUCUGGCUUCUUAGCAUAAUGCAUUUGAGAUUCAUUCAUGUUGUAGUAUGUAUUGGUUGUUUCUUCCUUUUUAUUGCUGAACACUAUUCCAUUAUAUGUCAUUAACAAUCUUUUAAAGAAAAAUUCCCAGAUUAUUUUUGCUCCAUUAUAAUCACUUUGGUAUCCAACACUUAACAUAGGACAUUUCUGUUCUUUUGCUUUUUGUGUUUAUUUGUAUGUUCUUUGAGUAUUUUUUAUAAAUAUAAGGUGUGUAUGUGCAACAGGUUGAAGCAAGAGAGAAAAAAUAUUAAAAUGAAAAUAACAAAUGAGGAGUAUGAGAGAAUGGUGCCCUCAAUGAACUGGAAGAAUAGGAAACUAUACAUAUACUUUAAAUUUUAAUUUUAUUUCCACUUCUUUUUUGUCCAGAAAGCUUUUCUGACAUGGCUGUAAUUAUGUUAAGAAUUUCUCAUACUGUACCCUAACUUACUAAUAGUAUAUCUUCCCCGCUAUUCUGUACACUUCAUAAGAACAGGGACCCUUUUAACUUCAUUUAAGUCUAUCCCAGGUACUUAAUGUAGUUCAGAACAUAUAUGAUAUACGCUCAACAUGUAUUUUUUUAAAAUUAACAAGUGAAUGAAAACUGAACUUUAUCAAGAUUGAUUCCAUGCUUCCAAACCUCUUUGUCCCAUUUAGUAUUAGUAAGUCUCAUUUGAAAUUUCUAGAGCCACUCAUUUUUGCUGACGGGAAGCAGUGGAAAGGGGUGGUGUUUGCAUAUAAAUAUGAACAUUACCUACCAAGUAACUUUAUGGAGUUUCUUAAUCUCUCUACAUACUCAUUGGGAUCAAUAUCUUUCUUCAGUGUUCCCAAUAAAGAUACAAGAAUAUGGACAGGAAAAUGUUUCAAGGAGGAUAAAAAGUAAAUGAUUAUUAGAUACGGUCAGAAGUAUUAAUUCACUGCCUACUAUGCAGAGGUAGGAUGAAUAGAUUGAGGACUGUGUUUUCAACCAUAUUUUCUGAAGAUAUAGUGGAAACAGUUGACUAUAGAAGGCAGUAUAGUAUAUAGGUUAAGAUUUAGAGUAAGACAAACAUGGACUUGAAUGCCAGCUCUGUAACUUGCUAAUUUUUAGAUGGGUAAAGUUAUUCAAAACCUGAGUUUCAAUUUCUUUAUCUGUGAAACAACGGAAAAUAAUACUAAACCCAUAGGCUUGAUGAUGAAUAAAUACAAUAAUGUGUUUAAAGGGUUUAGUACGAUUCUUGGCAUGUAUCAUGAGUUCAUCCAGUGCUAGUUUCAUUAUACUUAGAAGGGUAGGUGGGCUGCAGAUGUGACUCAGUGAAUAGGAUGGCUUCUUAGGAGGGGCUCCUGGGUAAAAGGAGGGACAUGGGAAUUGCCACGGGGACAAUGAGACCUAUUAGGAAGAGUACAUUUUGGAAUAGAGAACAGAAGAAAGACUUCUUUGCACUCUCUUAAUCGUACUCUGACACUCAGGGAGCCUCCCUGGCUGAGACUCUGUAGCCUAAGGCAGGGUGAGGAGGAAUGAUUGUAGUUAUUGGAUCCAGGCAGGCAGUUUUAGAAGAUAUCCAUUACUGUCAGCCCCCAGGGCCAGGACUCAACUUACAACCCCUGAUGAAUGGAGAUUGCAUGGGCCUGGGAGCAGAGUUUGAAGCUGUCAGGAAGAGGUGUCUGAGCUGUUGUAGAGGAACAUAUUCUUAUGGGUCCCAUAAUUCUUGCUCCAUCCAGUACACUCACUAAUAAAGACAGCUCUCUGUUGCCUAAUGACUCUACUGAUUUUCCUAUAAAGCCCCUACUCUUGGGAGCUUGUUUAGUCCUUGCUAUGUGGUGGAACCGGAGAGAGGUUGGUGGUGUUUCCUGCUGAUGUGAACAGGUAAGAAGAGUGCAUAAAUGAAUAAGGGAUGGGAGGCAAAUGGAUUAAAGCAUGAGGAAUGCUAGGAGACAGAGGGAAGAGAGAAGUGCAAUAAAUGAUAGUAGCUACAAGUAAGCUGGGGUGAAGAAAUGGAGGGGUAUACUGGAGCCUGGAUAAAACUGAGAUAGGGAGACAGAGGACAAGAGAAAAGAGGAUAAACAGAAAAGGAGAUAGGACUCAGAACUCUGCCUGUGGCCAAGACCAUUAAGCUUACUAAUUGAAGCUUUCUAUUGUUCCAGAUCCUACUUUACUAGCUAGCAUUGGGAGAAGAAAAACAAGAAUACCCAAAUUUUAAGGAACUUACAUUCCAGUUAAAGGAGAUGACAUCUGCAUAUAUAAUUCUAAUAUCAGCCAUGCCUCCUUACUGUAUUAAGAAUCAAAUGAGGAGCACCCAGGUAUCUCAGUCAGUUGGGUGUCCAACUCUUGAUUUUGGCUCAGGUCAUGAUCUACUGUUUGUGCUUUUGAGCCCCACAUUAGGUUCUGCGCUGACGGUGCAGAGCCUGCUUGGGAUUCUGUCUCUCUCCCUCUCUCAGUCCCUCUCAAUGCCCCCCCCCUCUUUCUCAAUAUAAGUAAACUUAAAAAAAAAUUAAAAAGAAUAAAAUGAAAGCUCCAAGCAUGAAGUGGUGCAGAUAUUUAGCAGCAGAGGGGAAGUUUCUGGUUAACAUAGCCUGAAGCUGUCAGGGAAGGUUCCACAUUGUGGACAGAAUAGAUUUCAGUGUUGAAAAAUGACCAGAAGGUUUGGGAUUGAUAAAUGGACUGGUUUUACCAUUACUGAUGCCAUGGAUACAUGGAUUGGUUUUUACCAUUACUGAUGCAGGGAUGUUGACCUUUGGGUCACUAAGUUACUGAAUUGGGUGGAUCUUAUCCAAGUCAGUGAAUCUAGGCUUUUGUAUAUGAAUUGGUAGACACUGCUUUCUUUCUGGCCAUUAGAUGGAGAACUGAAAAUAGAAAACUCUAGCCUAUUCUGGGUAGAGGGCAGUGCAGAGAAAACCUUGAUUAAUGAAGGCACUGAACUUUAAUUCUAUAACUAGUUCCAGAGUGUAUGAACUCACUGGAUCUAGGGAGGAAAACUUUACUCCCUGUCCACAUAUCUACAUUCCACAGGAAACAAGUUCUCCAGCAGCAAAAUGAGCCAUAGUCUCCUCUCCUCCUACCCUCCUUUCCUCACAUCAUCCGGUGUCAUCUUUUUGUCCUUAUUAGAUACAAUUCAAAGAAUAGAAAAUAACUGGUAUCUGAUUUAUGGUAAUCUUAUCUCUCAGUUACUCUUCAAUUCAAAAACUCCUCUCUACAUACACCAGCACACAGAGAUACACACAAUAUCAGUAUAUAAAUAUUUACACAUAUUCCUAAACAUACAUGGAUGUCACAAGUAUACUUCUUUAAAUAAACCAUGAGGACAUUGUUCUCUCUUUUACUGAUUUCUCAUCUCUAACACUCCUCUAAAUUAUGUAUAUGUAUAUACAACAGAGUAUAAACAAUUCUUAUAUUUUAAAAGAAGAAAAUCAUACUGCCCAACUGUUCAACUUCUCUCAUGAGCUUAGCUUCUAGAAAUGGUUUAUGGUUUAAUGAAAAAUGAUAGACUUUAGAGUUAGUAAAUCUGUUUUGAAUUUUGAAUCAGUACAUAUUUUACCUUUGAUACACUAUUUUAUCUUGCCAGUUUGAUUUCCUUUCUUUAAAAUAGGAGAAAAACAUCUAUAUCCAUUUUCCUGGGCUUAUAUAAAAUUAUAUACAAGAUGGAUAGUAAAUGUUGACAUAUACAAAGGAUCAUAAUUCUCCUUUUCUCUUAACCUAGUCUCCUUCUUCCAGUCAGUGAGAGGAUAUUUUCCCUGGUGUCUAGGGAAUGAUUUCCCUCUGGGUCAUCCUUCCGUCAAAACUUCCAGGCUCAAUUUAUAUUUCUCUCAUCUAGUGUUUAUCCAUAUCUCUAUCAUCUGUAAAUUUUUUUUAUCUACCCAUUAAUACAUCUAAUUAAAUUAAAUUAUUUGAAUCUUUACCACGUACCAAUCACCAAGCUUUUCUCUAGAGAAAAUAAAAAGAUGAAUACAUAUGUUUUAUAUUCCCAGAGAGCCAGCAUUCUAGAGGAAGAAAUAAAUGUGAUUAAGAAAUAGACUUUUAGUGCUAUAAAAACCACAUGUAAAGUACUAUUGAAGAAGAGUCAAUAGAUUGAGUGAUUUGGUGUUGCAGAGAGUUUCUUGGAUGGUUAUCAUGGAAGAAAGUCACUCUUUUUUUUUAAUGUUUAACAGUGGCGUUUUAGGUAAAUGAUUGAAGGCAUUUAACAUUAAAUUCAAUUUACUUCACAUUGUUGUUUGAAAAUGCAUUAUUAGCAAUUCUUAAAUAUUUCAAAUCAACCAACUUAAGUACAGAAGGCCUGCUUGAAAGGAGCCUGGGACUCAAGUCCAGAUCCCUAACCUCUCUUGCCAUGAGUCACACUGUGAUACUUCUGACUGGAUCAGGAAGGGUCCUGCACCUGUCAACCUUGAAGUUCCCUCAUAUGAAUUCACCAGUGAUGACACAGUGAUUGUUGGUUAGAGAUUCACUUUUAAUGUGUGUGUUCAUCAGGUUGAGAAGAAUAAAACAGAAAUAUCAUAGCCUUUUGCUUUCCUAUCUGGCUACUCUCCUCUUGUGUCCCCAUGUGGUAAUAACUCUUCAAUAAUAUUUUGCCUUGGCUUCUCACACUAUUCAUUCCUCUGAGUUGAGUGAGUUUUGAAUGCAAAAAAUAUUCUUUAUUCAUUUCUGUUUCCCUGGCCAUCAGCAGUAACUGACAUUGAAAUAGUCAUUUAGAGUCUAAAUGGUUGACAUGAUACAACAAGUUUGUAAUCUAUAUCUCAUUUGGCACUAGUUUUCCUAAUUCUUAGUGUUUUUUCCAAACAUGUAUAAUAUAACAAUAUUAAAUAUUAUACCAGAAAAAGCAAUUCAUCUUUUUUUUUCCUUUGGAGUAACAAGUGAUUAUUUCUAUCAACAUCUUCAGUAGACUGGAGGAGGGGGAGAAAAUAAGGAACAACCUCUUAUAUUUAUGUUUAUGUAGCAACUCACAGGGCCUGAUACUAGCAAAUUUCUUGCACCCACUCAGAUACAAGACAGAAAACCUAGAUUACUGAAAAAUAACAAUACUUAUGGCUGGCCAGAUCCACACAACACCUGAAAUGAGUAUAUUAUUCUUUGUUAGCUCUUUGGGUUUUUUGUUUUUUGGUUUUUUUUGGAAUUUACCAUCUUUCUUUUUUGAGUUCAUUCAUUUAUU